CAAAGUCUGCUUUCUGGCGAAUAAUUCAGUCACGAGAAAUUGAUCAUGGUGAAGUUUUCAACGGCGCUAUUCAUUGUGAAUCUGCUCUUGAUAUGUGGCUUCGCCUUACCACAACUCGGAGAUCGUUUAGGACUAGGAAUCUCUCAUUUUUCGUACCUAACCAAGGCUGGAGACGCGGACGCUGAUUGCCUGCACAAUUUUACAGCCAACAAUACUGUGACUGACUUCACCAAUACACCAGAUCAGGAACGCUCGUUUCUGUUAGAACUGUUUCAUGCCACCGGCGGUUCUUGGUCUUGGGGAAAUAAGAAAGGAUGGAGUGAAAACAGCACUGUACAUCAUUGUGAUUGGUUCGGAGUCGAAUGCUACAACAACAGUGCUUAUGUUAAAACUAUUGCACUUAUUGCAAACCGGCUUUAUGGCAGACCACCAAACUUUUGGAGAUUUAGAAAUCUACAAGGGCUUUGUUUGUCGCGUAAUAUAAGAAUGACAGGGCAGAUGGGAGAAAUAAUAUCAAGCAAUAUGACUCGCCUUCGUCGUCUCGCUGUUUCUUAUUCAGGCAUGCAUGGCGGGGCACGAUGGGAUAUUCUCUCACAACUACUUGAUCUUGAAAUGUUGCAGAUUUGUUGCAUGGUUACUUCGCUCAAUGGUUUUGCUUUGCCACAUAAUAUCGGUAGAUUAAACAAACUUCAAGUUUUAAGUAUCGGGGAAAAUUCGGACUUUAAAGCUGUUGACCUUCCACGAAGCAUCAGGAAUUUAACGAAACUGUGGUUCCUAGACUUGGAAUAUGCUAAACUGCUUUCAGGAAAUCUUUCGUAUUUUAACAAUAUGACUCGACUGCAAUAUUUACAUUUGACUAAUUGUGGACUAAAGGGAACACUGCCUCAUGAUUUUGGAUUAACACAUCCGGAUAUAAUUGAACUACACCUUCAUGGCAACAAUUUAGUUGGGGAACUGCGUUCUUGUUUCCUCGGUUUUAAGAAGAUAACUGAGCUUAUCCUAGGUAAGAACCACCUACAGGGACUGCUACCGACUGCACUCGGAAAACUCGAAACACUCAAUGUCCUCGACUUAUCAAACAAUAAUUUCACAGGCUUUGCUGAAAAUAUGACUUUCAACAAACAGCUCCAGACAUUGUUCAUUUAUCAAAACUUCAAUCUGUCAGUUGAAGGCGAAAAACUACUGCAAGCACUACAACUGUGCAAAGAUAACCUUCGCAUGUUACUUGCUAAAGAAUGUGGACUAAAAAGUUCUCUUUCUGGAUCACUACUUUGGAGCUUCCAGAAAAUUAUGUAUAUUGACUUAAGUCAGAAUAAUUUAACCGGCCAGGUACCAAAAAGUGAUCUUGUAUUUUAUAGUAUUCCUUACCUAUUCUACCUCAAUUUAGCGUCAAACAACUUCACAGGGGGGCUUCCUAAAAGCUUUUUCUCUCCGUUAAAAACACUCAUCUACUUGGAUAUUCGUGGAAAUCGAUAUAUGAGAAGCACGACCACUAUUCCAAGCAACACGUACCUGGGUUUCACGCUAACUGAAAGGUUGAAAAUGACUACAUACAGCUGUCCGACGUUUAAAAUAACCAGCACAGCGGGAAGAGUGGAUAUGGAUCCGGCUUAUUAUAGUUACUCAUAUUGUUUUUACAACAGUGGAUAUUAUGGAUUUAGGAGAUAUUGCAAGCCUUGCAUGAAAGGUGCGUCUUGCCAACAACCACCUGUUGAUGUGCCAACGCAACAAAUGAUAGUUAAGAUGACCAUCCAGAAAGGAUACUGGCCGUGUUGUGGAAAUUACACUAAUGUCACCCGAAUGGUGAAGUGCAGCGAAGAUGAAAGUUUUACUGACGAAGCUUGCAGUCCCUCUGGGAAAUGCGAAUGUGAGGUACAAUUAGUAAAUGGACGGCCACAAACCUCCUGUAAUACGUCAUGUAUAUGUCGUUAUGGCAACAAGGGACGAUUCUGUUCCCAGUGCAAGCAUGGUUAUUUUAAGAAAGGGUCAUUGUGUGUUUCUUGUCUCGAAUUCCGUAAAAACUUCCCAGUUGUAACGACUGUUUCCUUCGUGCUUUGUUUAAUCGGUUCUAUUGUAUUGUUGGUUUGUUUCAGGCGUGGAAAACGGUUUGCUCUUGUUCUCAUGUUUCUGCUUGCGUUAACUCUCAUAGUUUUACACAUCAAGUACAUAAUACCAAACUGGUUCUUUGUGAUCAUUUUCGCUGUGUGGAUCUUAGGUCUUUCAGGAGCGAGCGAAAAUUUAGAAGGCUUUCUCUGUAUCGCUGUCUUUUUCUUUCAAUCAUUAGACGCCAUGUUUGCUGACGCUAAUGUUUGGCCACAAACAAUUGUCCUACUAAAAUACCAAAUCACGAAUGCCUUCAAUUUUGAGUUAACAGAACUUACUUGUAGUUUUUCUGAUGCGGAACGCCCAGAAAUCGGAAUUUUAAUAAUAUUAUUGCUACCAGCUGCAGCCAUUUUUCUUAUAUGGUUUUUGCAUGGCUUAGGAAAAGCAAUUUGUUCUCAAAACCGAAACAUCCCGAGUACCUUUUGUAAACGGUUGAGCAUUCAAAUUCUCUUGUUCGUGUAUUUUCCCAUCACUGCGAAAACUCUCCAAGCGGUUUCACCCUGUGAGCAUCGCGAUGGUCUAUCAUAUCUUAAGGCUACGCCAUGGUUGGACUGUGAUGGUACUUCAUACAACUGGCUGGUAACUUUAGGGUAUGUUUCGUUGGUACUUUUUGUUAUCGGAGUACCUUUGUUCGUUUUCUUGCCAUUGCUUUACAAAUUUAUGGACAACAAUGGCGAAGCUGUCUCUGAAGAUACGGAUAAGUGGUUGAAACCUUUAUAUACAGAAUUCAAAACACGUUAUCGUCGUUUCUUUCCACUGGUGUUUCUAGCUAGGCGUCUUCUCCUUGCAGUGUUUCUAACAGUUGUACCGACCAGGUCAGCAUACCAGGUUAUCGGUAUCACAUUGCUUCUGAUCGUCUUCAUAGUUAUAAUUCUGGUUUUCCGACCAUAUCAACAGUAUUUCGAUAGAUUUGAGUUUGAAACGAUGGCUGAUGUAGUUGUGUCUAUCGUCUUAUUGCUAUCGUUUGUCGGCCUCGCCUUGUUGCGAGUUUCCCCGAAAUUCAACAAUUCGCUCGUUUGGUUGAUUGUUUCUAUGAAUUGUGUGGUUGUGUUAUGUUGCAUUGUGGUUAUGCUGGUGUUGUUUGUCGUUAAUCUGUGGAAGUCGACAAGAAACGCACAGGCCGGAGACGCUCAAUUGCAAUAUGAACAGAUUCCUGGCGAGUGAUGAAAAUAUUCCCAGUGAUGUAUAGCUACAAACAAAGGUGUCAGCGGACUGAACAGUACAUCGUUAGAAGGAACAACAGGAAUAAAUAAGACUAUUUAAAAAACGUUCAGGUGUAAUUGCGUAUUGAGAGAAUACCUGAAGUUGAACUACAACAAUUGUCAAUCAUGUCUACAAUGCAACAAAAAUAUAUUUGAAUGAAUAA